AUGGCCACCGCCGGCGACUUCGUCCACACGGACCCCACCACCAACACAACCACCAUCCUCAACAUCGUCAACGGCAAACCCGUCCUCCUCCCCGCCUCCACCAACUUCCCCGUCAUCUCCGCCGCCCGCAACAACGAAGUCGUCCACCACGGCCAAACCGCCACCGUCGACCUCGCCACCCAAGCCGUCGACUCCGCAGCCACCACCUUCAAAACAUGGCGUCGAACCGCUGUCCACGAGCGCCGGCGCCUGCUCCUCCGUGCCGCUGACCUCUUUGAGUCCAAGGCUGAUGAGUCUGCUCGGCGUCAGACCCUCGAGACCAGCUGCAAUGACUCUUGGGCUUCGUUCACUGCGCGCCAGACGUCGGGGUUCUGUCGGGAGGUUGCGGGCGCGUUGGCUGCGGCGGCCGUGGGGGAGAUCCAGCCGUCGUAUUCCGGGUACACUCACCUGGUGUUUAAGGAGCCUGUCGGUCCGGUGCUGUUGAUCGCCCCCUGGAACGCGGCUGUUGUUCUCUCCGUCCGGGGUAUCGCCAACGCGCUCGCCGCGGGUUGCACGGUAGUCUUCAAAGCCUCCGAACUCUGCCCGUGGUCCCACCAGCUGGUGGUCACCACCCUGCUCGAAGCCGGCUUCCCGCCUGGUUCCGUCAACAUGAUCAUGGCCGACCGUCCUGCCGCAGGCGUCAUCACCGAAACCGUCAUCUCCCACCCAGCGCUGCGCAAAAUCGAGUUUAUCGGUUCCGCCGCAGUCGGCCGCAUCGUCGGUGCCGUAGCCGCCAAGCAUCUCAAACCCAUCUUCAUGGAACUCGGCGAUCAAAGCCCCGCAGUGGUGCUGGACGAUGCGGACCUGGAAAAGGCCGCGCGGGUGAUUGCCUUCGGCACAGCCUUCCAUCACGGCCAAGCUUGUUUUUCCACUGAACGCAUCAUCGUGCAAGCCAACAUCCGCGAGAAGUUUCUGGAAUUACUCCGCGAAGCCCUCGACACCCUCAAACCCACCUGGACAGCCGUCACGCGCGAGCACGCCGAGCGCGGGCUUACCGUCGUGCAAGAUGCCGUCACCCGGGGGGCGACAUUCCUCUAUGGCUCUGCCGAGCUGGAAGGCCCGGAUAAGUUGGCGACGGCGAUUCUGGAGAAUGUGGACCCUGCUUCGUUGUUGUCGAAGGCGGAGGCUUUUGCGCCGGUGGCGUUUGUGGUGACGGUUGAAGGGGAUGCGGAGGCGGUGGAGGAGGCGAAUUCGAGGGUGGGCGGGUUGUCGGCGGCGGUGUGGACGACGAAUUUUGAGAGGGGGUUGAGGAUUGCGAGGGAAUUGGAGUUUGGCAUGGUGCAGAUUAAUAACUCGACUUUGUUUGCUGAGCCGAGCGGCCCGGCGACCAACUUCAAGGGCAGUGGAUGGGGCAGCAACAACGGCCGGUAUGGUAUCGAGAACUUUUUGUACAGCAAGGCUGUCUCGCUGGUGCCGACCACGGUUGAGCCGAAUCAUUAA